ACCCGUUCUGAUCCACACUCCACUCUAGAAGGUGGCGGUAAUGCACCCAAAGUUGUUUGCUAACCGGCAUUAAACAACAAAUGAGAAAGAAGAAGAAACAGCGUCAGUAGCAGCAGAAGCAGAGGAAGAAGAAGAAGACGCUCUCUCAUUGCUUCAUUACUGUCGUCACUAAGUUCAGGUAGACGGAGUGAAGAUGGCGACAACCUACGAGAGAUACAAUUUGCACACAACCCCAGAGAAGUUCUUCAUUGAGGCCUGUGAUGAGGGGGCUGAUGCAGUGCUGGCAAUCGACAGGGUGUCAAAUGAGAUGACCCUCGCAGGUAGAAAGGAUGUUCCCCCCUCAGCAGUCACCAGGCCUGUAUGCGGCAUCAUGGGAACUAUUCGCCUGAUAGCAGGGAUGUACCUAAUUGUCAUCACCAGAAAGAGGAAGGUGGGCAGCCUCCUGGGCCACGCUGUGUGGAAGGCUAUGGAUUUUGACGUGAUUUCUUAUAAAAAGACAGCGCUCCAUCUUUCCGAGAUCCAGUCUCAGGAGAAUAAGACCUUCCUGUCAAUGAUCAACAAUGUGCUGACUACAGAUGGCUUCUAUUUCUGUACGGACUACGACCUGACACACACACUGCAGCGGUUAGCCAACACCAGUCCUGAGUUCCAAGAGAUGAGCCUACUGGAGAGGGCAGAUCAGAGAUUCGUGUGGAAUGGAAACCUCCUGAGAGAACUGGCUGCACAGCCAGAGCUUCAUAAGUUUGCGCUUCCUGUUGUCCAUGGAUUCAUUGUCAUGAAGCCCUGCCGUAUAAAUGGGAAAAUCUUUGAGUGGGUUCUUGUAUCCAGGAGAAGCUGCUUCCGAGCUGGUGUCAGAUACUACGUUAGAGGCAUCGACUCUGAAGGCCAUGCUGCUAACUUCGUGGAGACUGAGCAGAUAGUGUUGUAUGAGGGAGCAAAAGCUUCAUUUGUGCAGACCCGUGGUUCCAUGCCCUUCUACUGGAGUCAGAGGCCCAACCUAAAAUACAAACCUAAACCUAUAAUCAGCAAAACCAUGACUCAUAUGGAUGGUUUUCAGAGGCAUUUUGAUUCUCAGCUCCUCAUCUAUGGGAAGCAAACUGUUCUCAACUUGGUAAAUCAAAAAGGCUCGGAGAAACCACUAGAACAGGCCUUUGCCAAGAUGGUGUCUGGUAUGAAUAAUGGUAUGCUCAAUUACAUAGCCUUCGACUUCCACAAAGAGUGCAGCCACAUGAGAUGGGACCGUCUCCAGAUCCUGGUGGAUGCUGUCACUGACACACAAGAUGAAUACAGUUACUUAAUGGUGAACUCUGAGGGGAAGACAGUGGCCCAGCAGAAGGGAGUGUUCCGCAGUAACUGCAUGGACUGCCUGGACAGGACCAACGUGAUCCAGAGCCUGCUUGCCCGACGCUCCUUACAGUCUCAGCUUCAGAGAAUGGGAGUUCUGAACGUGGGUCAGCGGAUUGACGAGCAAAUUGAGUUUGAAAAGAUCUAUAAGAAUGCAUGGGCUGACAAUGCCAAUGCAUGCGCUGUACAGUAUGCAGGAACUGGAGCCUUGAAAACAGACUUCACAAGGACGGGGAAGAGGACCAGCUGGGGUCUUUUGAUGGAUGGUUGGAACUCCAUGAUCCGCUACUAUAAAAACAACUUUUCUGAUGGAUUCAGACAGGAUUCCAUUGACCUGUUUCUGGGGAACUUUGCUGUCGAUGAUACAGAUGGACCCACUCCUCUUCGUGUACAGAAGGACUGGAAAUUCCUCACGCUGCCCAUCAUUAUGCUGGUAGCAUUUUCGAUGUGCAUCGUCUGUCUUCUCAUGGCUGGUGACACAUGGACAGAAACCAUGGCCUUUGUGGUGUUCUGGGGAGCUGCUAGUGCGAUAACAGCCACCAUCAUCCUGUUUAAUGGCCAAGACUUUGUGGACGCCCCCAAACUGGUUCACAAGGAGAAGAUGGACUGACUGUGUUUGUGUAUCUGUGUGAAAGGAGCGGCUUGGCCGAACAUACCUCAUCACUGUCUUCUUCCUCACAUCUGGACUCUAGGCUGAUCUGUUGCCUCCAUAUAGCCCUCUAGACUUUCUCAGCCAGAGCAGUUUUUCUGUCAUGUCUACAACGUAUUUUACCUUUUUUAGUAGUACUGCACACACUUCUUCACAAGGGUUACAUUUAUUUUCCUACAAUCCUCAUACUGUCUUUUAGGUGGGUUUUGCUGGUUUGUUGGGUGUGUUGGUGUUAUGUAUCAGUUAUCCAAAACCGUUUGUGUUCUUUACUUCCCACAAACAAUGCAACUUCUAUACAGUUAUGCUACUGCAACUUUUCUUGUGUAACAUUUUUAAACAUUUAAAUGUGUAAAAACCGAUACAAGAGCAAGGGAGGUGUCUAAUGCAGUUUGUUCAUGUACACAGUCGAGAGGAAUCAAACAUUUUAAAACGUGAUGGCAAAGUGUGCACAUAUAGGUGGGCUAUGCCUGUAUAGAACCUUUAAAACUGCAUUAAUCGUGCGUGUGUGUGUUUCAGCACUAACAUUUGGUGCUGGGCAGGUCAUUUACUUGGGAUAUAACCUUUUUCGGUGUAAACCUUCCUGCUGCUGAAAAUGUGGAAAUGAUACAACAGAGUUGUGAACAACAAAACCAAAACAAUGAGCUGAAAGAUUUAAAAAGCUCUGUAGUAUUUCAAAGUUGGGUCAUAAUUGUUAAAAUUACUGAUGAGUGCAGCUUUAAAGGCACUUGCUCUAGUUGUAUUCAUCUCAAACAGAGGAUUUAUUACUGUACACCUAAACAGUAACAUGGUACUUAGUCAUGCACAUAUUGAAAUGUAUGUUAUGAUGGCUAGAGCACAGUAUGUACAUGUUAAUCUUUAAAGCCUUGUAAGUGAAAUAUAAAUGUUUGGCCAAUCUGUAUGCAA